AGCGGGCGGGCCGCGGUCAGGGGCCGCGCCGGGAGGCAGCUCCCCCCGCCCCGCCGCGCCGUGCGCCGCGCUCCGCCCCGGGGGGCGGUGGCGGGAAGGGGCGCCCGGAAGUGUGUGCGGCCAGCGGCGGCCGGCGGCGGCGGCCCGUGGGGUGACUUUUGAUAGAACUAGACAUUUUAGUGAAGGAGCACAGAGGAGAGAAGUCGGGAAAGACCAAAGCUGCAAGAACAAGAGCACGAACGAAAAAGGGGACAAGAAAGAGAAGUGGUUGAAAGAAAAAGACGUGGUGAUGAAAAAAAGGUUCAAGAGAGAAAAGAGAAAGCUCAGCUCCAGAGGAGAGAAGAGAGACAGAUAGAUCGAGAUGAAAAACAUCCCCAAAAGCUGCAGAAGGUACCAGCUGAAGAACAGCAGUGGCCAGAGAAUAUGCCUGAAUGGGAAGAAAGGAAAUCCCUGCUAGCUCAGAGAAGAGUGGAGUCUGUCAGACUGCUUACAGUGCUGUUAAACCGAGUGAAAGAUUUUGCACAGUUGGCAAGUCAAAAAGUGGAUCCUUCGUUGGGCCUAAGGAAGGACGAUUCUUUUCCUGAAACAACAUUAAAAGACACACAUCAGGAAGAGAUAAACUCCCAUUGCCAUACGCACAGAGAGUUGAAACCUAAGGAAGAGUUUACGUGUCAGUUAACCCAAAAAGGUAGCACCUUAUGUAGUGAGGAAGGGGAUGUGACUAACUUGUGUGCGUCCACCUGUCAUAUAGUCAGGACAAUUUUAAAUGAUCCCACUAGAGCCCUGAGUUCUGACAGAUUGACGGGCAGAGAUGCGUACAACUCCUUUGGCUGUGGAUCUUUACUGAUUACAGUUACGCAAGACUGCAAGGUCAUCGAAUCUCUCGAUAGAAGGGACUACCCAACAUUGAAUGUAGUUCACACGCAGACAGUGUCUGAUGAAGACGGCUGCAAAAAGCAAAAGGUCUAUGAGACUGAUGAAUUUAUCCAUUAUUUAUUAAACUACUAUCAGACACCGAGCUAUGCACGCGUUUGCUUAGAGCCAAAAAGCACUGCGAGCAAGUCCUGGUGGAAGAGAGUGGUGUCUGAUGAUGAUAGUGGUUUUCAGAUCAGCUUGAGUAACAAACAUGGUCAGCAUUUCAGAGAAGUGAGUCUUGUGCAAAACCUCAACAAGAGAAAUUGUAGUAGGGAUGAUAAUUAUAGACUGGUGAUCACGGUUGGGGAAUUUGAAUCAACAGACACGGUGUUGAAAAACAAGACCUGUGCGAGUAGGCUUGCAAAAAAAUUGCAAGUCCAGAGGAAUGACUCACUCACUGUUGAUAACUUACCACAUGCUGGACUGAAUCGUUUUUUGGAUGGCGCUGCUGUUAGUCAUGAUAAGGAAUUCAAACUAGAAGACGGUAGAGAUGAAGUUACUAUACCACACAAAAUGUGUAGAUCUGCUUACAAAUUAAAGGAUUUGUUGGAAGAGAUCAGUGACUCAGAGUACUUUGGUGAGGCACGUAGUGGUUCAAUGAAGAGAACAGAGAGAAAGUGUGAAGAAAUUCACAGCAAUUGUAAUAAAGGGUGCUUGCUCCCAGGAGAGGGGGAGAGAAAAUUCCUGGUUUAUGUUAAAAAUGUAGCCCUGGAAGGUCAAGAAAAGGAAUGCAGCAAAUGUAGCUUCUGUUCUAAUUCUGCCCGUGAGGGAUUGGCAAGGCAGUGUGAACACAAGCUUAAAAAAUCAUGCAAGCGGUCUAGUAGUAAAUUAAGACAUGAAGGACAGAAAAGUGAGAGACAAUCCAGGGAAGAGGAGAGAAAUGCUCGCAAAAAGAAGAAAAAGAGAAAAAAGCUUUCUUCUAAUCUUUUAUCUGAUGAAUAUGGCUUUUCAGAGACAGACAGUUGCAUACAGCUGGAGUCACUCAGAAAGAUACAAAGAAAAUGUAACAAAAUGUUCCACAACAAAAUGAAAUUCAAAACACUUCACCCAGUGACAGCAGCACCAGAAGAUGUUACCCCUAGUGAUGGCUCACCACUUCAGGGGACCCUCCAGAGGGCAGGAGAUGAGAGGAAAUUAAUAUUGAGAAGAGAGAUGGAUGCUGAUGUCAGAGGAUGCCCACUUUUUCCUCUUGAGAUAAUUCAGACCAACCCCUGCUCAGAUACUUUCUGUGGAGCAGAACCUGGAAGAGGAUGCUGAACAGCUACUAUAUAAUAGCUCUUAAGCUUACUCACAGAAGUGGGAGAAAGUAAGUCCUUUAGUCAUUAAAAGUUAUCUGAAAUAUUGGGGCUUUUUUUUUUUGCUUAGAUAAUUCCUUCUGUAUGGAGGAGUGGAAUAAUCUGACUGGUGCAAUGAGCCACAAUAUGAGAAUCUUUAUCUGCCUUCUGGACAACAAAGGACCAAAAAGUUCCCCAGGGCCAGACAAACUUUCGUGGACCAGUUGCUAAGAAUUUGAAAAGUAACAGUUUGAUAUCUUGGAGUUGUAUCCAGAUUAAACCUAGGGUACAAUGUAAAUAUCAAAGUUACAGUUUUUGGUAGUAAUGAGUCAUUGGAAAAAAACAUAGAUAUGUAAAUCCUAGAGCAAGCAUACAAAGUGCCUCCUCAAUCAGGUUGUUAAAAUAGUGGGACUUUAAGAUGUGAGGGACAUUUAUACUCACUUGUUGGGGAAUAAUGGAUUUCCAAAUAUGAAAAAAAACUUCUGUAAAACCCACACCGGAAAAAUAUUUAUUUUCUAUUUACAAUUCUACAGAUGUUUCCAAAAACUUGUUGGUCUUUGGGAGGGUUGAUUUCACUAAACUUAUGCUGGAUUUGGUGCUCCUGGGAAUCUGAAUGAGGACAGUCUAAGCAAAGCUCUGAAUCUUGGACAGUGGAAGGGGAAUGCUUGUCAGCAUGUUGACAGCCCACCCAUAUAUGCAGGUUGAAAAUUAGUUCGCAAGACUUCAAAAAUGUGCCCUUUUGAAGGCGCAUGCAGUGAGACAGCUAUUUAGUAUGAGUUAGCCGACAAAUAAUUUCCAGAGGAAAUGUCAAAUGUUGUUAAAUUUCUGCUGCAUGGAGGUAAAAAUGUGAAAAUGCAGUCUAGGAGCUUGAGUUAUAUCCAUAUUUAUUCAGCUGGCUAUAUUUAGAGGACAGCCACAAUUGCUUUUGGACAAAGUCCCUUAGGAAAAUAGAGAUGGAACAGUUCUAAGUUGAAUACACUGAUUAUUUCCGCUUUCAUUUUAGUAUGCUUUAUUUAUUACAUGUCAAUAUACUAAAUUAAUGUGAUGAUAUUGCCUUCAUUAUACAGUAUCUUACCCAUGUUUGUAACUUCUGCUCUAAUAAAUAGUAAUUAAAAAAGUUUGUAAUUGUUCAUGGUAGAUUGGUUUUCCCCUACUGUGUUCGAUAUUGGUGAUUCCUACAGGCUUCUAAGCCAGGCUUUAUAUGUCUUCUCUGUUCACAUGUUCAGAUGUUGAGUGCCUUUUCAGGAUCAUGAAUGACAAAUGGUUGCUACUUAGACAAAGUACUGUUAAUCUAUUACUUUUAUCUAAAAAGAUCUUAUUUUCUUGACAAAAAUAUUUUCUGACUAUUUUGGAGAACAUCUAUGCCCGUCUUUAGUCUGCUUUUUAGUAUUUUAUACAGUUGUAAUGAAGAUCAACUAUUGUAUUUGUUGACCGUGUAAAAUGUUUCAGUUGCACUGAUAUGACAUACCAAGGGUGUUUUUCUCUAUGCAAUAUUUACAGAUUAAAAAAAAAGAUGGCAAAACUUCCCCUUCUGAUCUCUAGACAGUUCUGUGUGCAUAAAUAUGCAUUUCCCAUGAGAUGGUCUUUCACUUGCAGGUGAGGAAGUGGUUCUUUUUUAUCUAAGGGAGCAGGAACUAAGGAUUUCCUUCAGUGUAAAUUUCUGGUUUUGUUUUUUGUUUUUUUUUCCAACAUGUUGUCACAAUAUUCAGUAACAAAUAAAUACACCGAUUCUGUAACUGCUUCUCGCAUUCACCUAUAUUGAUUGAAAUUAAUAAAGCAAAUCCUCUAUCUCCA